UGUAUUUGAAGAAACUGGGUCAUUUUUGUGGAGGAAAAAUUUCCUGCAACCUGGACUUUUACACCUCUGCAUUGUCUUUAGACCCACUAAAACGGACAGAGAAUAGGAAAGCAGACACUGGUUGGCAAGGGAACUCAGCAAAUCCUUGGAGGAAAGGGAAGCAGAGCCUGGUGACAGGGUUAGCAGAACAGAGGAAGCCACCACUUCAAGUACCAGAUGAGAUCAGAGGCACUUCAACCAUUGGAACUAAUGAUGCUGCCCAAACCUGGAAUCUACUACUUCCCCUGGGAGGUCAGUGCUGGCCAAGUUCCUGACGGGGGCACGCUGAGAACAUUCGGCAGGUUGUGCCUCUAUGACGUGACCCAAUCCAGAGCGACCCUCGUGGCCCAGCACGGAACUGGACAGCACCAGGUUCUUGUCUGUACCAAGUUGGUGGAACCGUUCCAAGCCCAGCUGGGGUCUCUGUACAUUGUCCUUGGGGAGCUCGAGCACCAGAAGGAUGGAGGUUCCGUGGUGAAGGCCCGGGUGCUGACUUGCGUGGAAGGAAUGAAUCUCCCCUUGUUGCAGCAAGCCAUCCAGGAGCAGAGGCUGUACCGACAAGAGAGGCAGCAGCCACUAGGAAAUGGCAACUCCUUGCAACGCACCCCCCCACCCCACUGACCCCUGCUCCAGGGCCAGACCCCCAGCAGAUGCCGCCGUGGGUGGAGACGUGCUCCCCCCUGGAGGGACAGCCUGUGGCUGGGGCAAGAGAGUAGCGGGGAGGGGUUGUUAAUCUGGCCCCUUUCCCUAAUUUGGCUGGUCCCAGAAACGAGAGCCCAGAGAGCAGGCCCCAAAGUCUGGCACCUCCCCCGACGCCCCAAGGCUGCAGGAGGCCGAGCUCCAGGGCACCAGGGCUGCAGGGAGCCUGGUCCUCGUGUGCAGCCAGGGAGGGUUCCAGAAAGACCCUGUGAAUAAAGGUGCAGAGUGCA